CCCGGCGGAGCUCGCGAUAACUGCGCAGACGCAGCCAUCGCUUCCUUUUCCGAGUCGCCGCCAAGAUGGCCGAAGUGGAGCAGAAGAAGAAGCGGACCUUCCGCAAGUUCACCUACCGCGGCGUGGAUCUGGACCAGCUGCUGGACAUGUCCUAUGAGCAGCUGAUGCAGCUCUACAGCGCCCGGCAGAGGCGACGCCUCAACCGCGGCCUGCGGCGGAAGCAGCACUCGCUGCUCAAGCGCCUGAGAAAGGCCAAGAAGGAGGCGCCGCCCAUGGAGAAGCCCGAGGUGGUGAAGACCCACCUGCGGGACAUGAUCAUCCUGCCCGAGAUGGUGGGGAGCAUGGUGGGCGUGUACAACGGCAAGACCUUCAACCAGGUGGAGAUCAAGCCGGAGAUGAUCGGCCACUACCUGGGCGAGUUCUCCAUCACCUACAAGCCUGUGAAGCACGGCCGGCCUGGCAUCGGUGCCACCCACUCCUCCCGCUUCAUCCCCCUCAAGUAGCUGUGGCCAAUAAAGACUCAUGUUCAGUCCUCGG